UUUAUUUGGAUGUAUUUUAAAACUUCAUAAAGAAAGGUGGUAAGAAAAUUAAACAUACUACAACUAAAAGGUGGUUUUAAUAGCUGUGUGUGCACUAGAGUCAGUUCUGAUGAAAGCUGAUGAUGUAUUUGAUUUUGCCAUGCAGCUAAUAUUUUUUCUAUGAAUUAUGUUCAAAGUAAGCAGUAAAGCUGCUACUGUUUUGCCUAAUUGUGAUAUCUCUGUUCUGUCAACAAGGGCCUUACUCUAUUCAGUAUCAUGGAUUAAUGCCUAGCAAUAGGAGCAUCUUUUUUAACUUGAAGUCUAGAUGAUAUCAGCUGGCAAACACUCUUGCUGCUUAUCGAGAAACAUUCAUGAUCCCAGGUCUUGUCUUGGGCCACAGAUGUUGAUUUUCUCCCAGGCUCAUGUGCCUGUUCACAAUGCUAACUGAAUGGCUGCUUUCUUGGAUUCCUUCAGUCUCAGAUUGCCCUAUAUUGUCAUAUUCUUUGCGGCUUCAUUACACCUGUCUUGUCAUAGGGAAUAUUCUCUGUUGAUUUUUGUAAGUUUUUGGAGGAAGCCACAAUGCGAGGUAUCCUUGAUAACCAUUCUAGUGUAAAGAUGAUUGGCCUGUAAAGAUUUUUAACUGUGCCAGUUUGCCCCUGUUACUAGCUUUUGAGAUAUAAACUUCUGUCAUCCAUCAGUGUGCUACAGUAAUUACUCUCCUUGAUGAGCAAAAAACUUUGGUAGGGUAGAGCUCUGCAAGAGAUCUUUGUAUGAACAAAAACUGGCAGUGAGGGUUCUGCUUCCUCUUUUCUAUGUGUGCAAAGAGGAGAUGCAGUUGACAGAUUUCUAGAACACCUGUGUAACAUCAGAAGCAGACUUGAAAUUAGAAAUGCAGAAUUAUUUGAACGGUCUUGCCAAUCUAUACUACAGAUAGAUUUAUUUCCUCCUAAACCAGAUAGUUAUGCAAAUAUUACAGAAGUAAAUGCAUUUUUAGUCUGAGCUGCUAAAAGUUUCCCUAAGUGCUCUUAAUACCUGCAUUGUAAGGUAUAUACCUGUUUCAUUAAUUCCUUGAAUUGUAUAGCCUGUUUAAAUAAAACCUAGGUUUUUUUGCUUUCUGGGGUAGGCAAUUAUUGAGGAAUCAGCAUCUCAUGUGAGAUUCCCCACCUUGAAGAUUAUGUAUGUUUGAAAUUCUACUUCAGGCAUGCUAACCAAAUAUGCAGAGGACUUUUUCCCAUUUUUCAACUUGGAGAUAAAUUCCAUGCAAAAAAGGGCUGGACUCAUCAGGGAGACGUAUUGUACAGAAAACAAAGAUAUGCUUCCGUGUUUCUGUAAAAAAACAAGAUAAAGCUGGAUAGCAUAAUGAGCUCCCUCACAAAUAUCUAUGUUUUCACUUGGGCCUUUACCUUCACACUAUGUAACAAUAUCCAGUCAACUGUAGAAGAUGAAUUUAUUGCAAAUUAUUCAAGCAGUUCGCUAACUUAUGUUCCAAAAAUCAUUCCAGCCCAUACUCAGGUAUUAGAUUUAUCACAUAAUAGGAUCUCUGGACUUAGUAUCUCAGAAUUUAUUUAUUUUUCUGACCUUCAAGUAUUAAAUAUUUCUCAUAAUAUAAUUACAGUGCUUGACUUUAGUGUCUUUAUUUUUAAUGAAAAUUUAGAAUACUUAGAUUUAUCUUAUAAUAACAUUUCAAAAGUUUGCUGUCUCACUCUUGCGUAUCUUAGACAUUUAGAUCUUUCUUUCAAUAAGUUUACUGCCCUGCCCAUGUGUCAGGAAUUCGGGAACAUGUUUCAUUUGGAGUACCUUGGAUUAAGUGCUACAAUGAUACGAAGGUCAGACUUCAGGUAUAUCAAACAUUUGCAGCUGCACACUGUCUUCCUGACCUUAAGAAACUUUUCGUUGUAUGAGCCUCAGAGUCUGACAGUCUUGACCACAAGGAACCUCCACAUUGUUUUUGCAGCAAACCAAAACUUCAUUUUUCCCCUCUUGUAUGAUGGAAUGAGCACUUCAGAAAACUUAAAAAUAGUUAACUUAAUAUAUACCUUGAGCUACAAAGAUUUCCCUGCUCCGCCUUUAAUGCUUCUGAAAAAAAUCAAGACAACAGCUCUCACGCUUGAGGCUGUGGACUUACAAUGGGCUAUCAUCCUGCAAAUUUUCAUGCUUAUUUGGUAUUCACCUAUGGAACAUUUGACUGUGAGAAAUUUGACUUUUCGGGGUCCACUGGAGGAGCCAAAUGAAUAUGCAUUUCUACCCUUAUUAAGCUCUGUAGAACAAUUAAUCUCUUUGGAUGGCUCCAUGAAAACAUUAACUUUGGAGCAUGUUCGUAAUAAGGUUUAUUAUUUCAACCAGGAGAUUCUAUACAGACAGUUCUCGGAGAUGAAUAUUGCCAAUUUGACAAUAAGUGAUGCCUAUAUGCCACACAUGCUUUGCCCCAAUAGAACAAGCUCAUUUCAGUAUUUAAAUUUUUCUCGCAAUGCUCUGACAGAUGAGUUGUUCCAGAAUUGUGGCACUCUCAUGGAUCUGAAAUUACUUAUUUUGCAGAAGAAUAAAUUUGAGAGCCUUUACAAGGUAAGCUUCAUGACCAGCCACAUGAAAUCACUGAAAUACCUGGACAUGAGCAGCAACCUGCUGCGCCACGAUGGAGCCGACGUGCAGUGCCAGUGGGCUGAGUCUCUGACAGAGCUGGACCUGUCCUCCAAUCAGUUGGCGGAUGCUGUGUUUGAGUGCUUGCCCGUCAACGUCAAAAAACUCGGCCUACAAAACAAUCAGAUCAGCAAUGUCCCCAGGGGGAUGGUGCAGCUGGAAUCCCUGGAAGAGCUGAACCUGGCAUCCAACAGGCUGGCUGACCUGCCAGGGUGCAGUGGCUUUCCGUCCCUGCAGUUCCUGAACAUAGAGAUGAAUUCGAUCCUCACCCCAUCUGCUGAGUUCUUCCGGAGCUGCCCAGGGGUCAGGGAGCUGCAGGCCGGGCACAACCCGUUCAAGUGUUCCUGUGAACUGCAGGCCUUUAUCCGCCUGGAGAGGCGGGCAGGGGGGAAGCUGUUCGGCUGGCCGGCGGCCUACGUGUGCGAGUACCCGGAAGGCUUGCGAGGAACGGAGCUCAAGGACUUCCACCUGAGCCUGCUGGCUUGCAACACGACGCUCCUGCUUGUGACAGCUCUGCUGCUGACGCUGGUGCUGGUGGCUGCGGUGGCCUUCCUGUGCAUCUACCUGGAUGUGCCGUGGUACGUGCGGAUGACAUGGCAGUGGACGCAGACGAAGCGCAGAGCUUGGCACAGCCCGCCCGGAGGUCAGGGGGCCGUUCUGCAAUUCCACGCGUUCAUUUCCUACAGCGAGCGCGAUUCGCUGUGGGUGAAGAACGAGCUGAUCCCGAACCUGGAGAAGGGCGAGGGCUGCGUGCGGCUGUGCCAGCACGAGAGGAACUUUAUCCCUGGCAAGAGCAUUGUGGAGAACAUCAUCAACUGCAUUGAGAAGAGCUACAAGUCGAUCUUUGUGUUGUCUCCCAACUUUGUGCAGAGUGAGUGGUGUCACUACGAGCUGUACUUUGCCCAUCACAAGUUAUUCAGUGAGAAUUCCAACAGCUUAAUCCUCGUUUUGCUGGAGCCUAUCCCUCCGUACCUUAUCCCUGCCAGGUAUCACAAGCUGAAAGCUCUCAUGGCAAAGCGCACUUACCUGGAGUGGCCGAAGGAGAGGAGCAAGCGUGCCCUAUUCUGGGCUAACCUGAGGGCAGCCAUUAGCAUUAACCUGCCAAUAUCCAGUGAAGCAAAUGAGUGAUGCUACACCUGCAUCUAUAAGUACUAUACUACUUAUAGUAGUAUAAGUAUGUAAAUAACUGACUUGAUUAUUUUGCAUUAAACUCUGUUUAUUUUUUUUUUCUAUUUUCUUACAAUAUUCCCAGUUUGUUACAAAAUGUGGUACAUAUAGAAAUUGCUAUUGCUUAUUUAAGCCAUCCAAGUAGUCAGAGGUCACUUGUAGUUGCUCUUCAUCAACAAAGAACGAGAGAGAAAUUUUCAGUGUUUGACCUUAUUUUUAGGUUGCAUUUGUUUUGGACUUUUCCCAUUGAAAGCUGUAUUUGAAAGUAACAAGAAUAGUGGCUGGUUUAGUGUAAUCAGGCAUACAUUUAAUCUUUGUUCUGAUAUGUAUAUUGUGAGGUUAAGAAUGUAGGGAUCUGCUUUCUUGGUUUUAAUUAAGUAACAUAAAGAAGAAAACUCUUGUUUGAAUCCUAUCCAGUACAUUAGAAUAGUAGAUGUCAAGAGUACAGUAUCUGCACCCUUUUAGCUUAUUUUCCCUUCCUGCAAGUCUUUCCCUUCAUCACAGAGAGACUUCCUUGGGUGAAUGCUGAAAAGUUGAAUCCAUUAAUCCUUGUUUGAUGGUCUUCUUCCUUUGCUGUAUUUAACAUUACUACUUGCAUUAUCUACAUUAUCUAACAUUAUCUACAGAUAGAUACCUGCCAAGUCAUGAUUUCAUAGAACUUGCUAUUCACUGUCUUCAAAUUCAUAGUUAAUACUAUGUACUUAUUAAUUUUUAUAAUUUUGUAAUAUUGCUGCUUUCUGCUCUGAUAUAGCUCUAUCAAGCUAUACCAGGUUGCAUGUUUUUUCUGUUUCCUAAUACUUAGAAACUUGAUGUUUGGAGGUGAACCCUCUUUUAUCUCCAGGCUUCCACUGAACUCUGUUACCUUGCUCAUUUAAUUAGCAGGUGUUGAGGGUCAUCACAUAGGUGAAAAAAGAGUAAUUUUCCCUUGGAAAUAACUUGCCUGCUAAAAUCUUACUGAUUAAACUAAUGGUGUUUGUUAGUAGGAGACAUCUAGUAACCUGCUGUGCUUAGAUUAGAUUUGAGAGUCUAAUAAACAUCUCAUUCUUUAUCAGUUAUUAAAUUUCAUGUGUCAUUUCA